UGCCCCUUUGCUCUUUUAUUCUUUUUUCUCAUACAAUAUACAUUGAAGGAUCCAACAACACCGAAAGCCUCUUCUUUUUCAAAUAUAAUUAUCCAACCGUCAUUCAUGUUCUACCCUUUUGAAUUAUUAAACCAUUUCCAUCGUCUUUAUAAACCCCCUCAACCUCUCUUCUUUUCUUCAUCAAUUCAAUUUCCUCAAACCUUUCUCUCCAACGACCCUUCUCAAAUCUCCCAUGGAAUUAACCCUUCUUUUCCCCCUUUUCUUCUUCACCUUAUCUUCUGCUACAUACAUAUCCACUCUAACCUUAAACCAAAACCAUCCAUCAUCAUCAUCAAGCUGGAGAAGCGAUGAUGAAGUGAUGGGGUUGUACAAAUCUUGGGUCAUCCAACAUGGCAAAGCUUACAAUGGUAUCGGUGAAGAAGAGAAAAGGUUCGAAAUCUUUAAGGAUAACUUGAGAUUCAUUGAUGAACAUAACUCUAACAACAACACUACAUAUAAGCUUGGGUUGAACAAGUUUGCUGAUUUAACCAACCAAGAGUACCGAGCCAAGUUCUUGGGCACCAGGACUGACCCUAGGCGUCGACUCAUGAAGUCCAAGGUCCCCAGCUCACGUUACGCUCACCGUGCCGGCGAUAACUUACCGGAUUCAGUAGACUGGAGAGAUCAUGGAGCUGUUAGUCCGGUCAAGGAUCAAGGAUCUUGUGGAAGUUGUUGGGCAUUCUCAACAAUUGCAGCAGUGGAAGGCAUAAACAAAAUCGUGUCCGGUGAACUAGUCUCUCUAUCGGAACAAGAACUAGUCGACUGUGACCGAUCCUACGAUGCCGGUUGCAAUGGUGGCCUAAUGGACUAUGCCUUCCAAUUCAUUAUCGACAAUGGUGGCAUUGACACUGAAAAGGAUUAUCCUUACCUUGGCUUCAAUAACCAAUGUGAUCCAACAAAAAAAAACGUUAAGGUUGUUAGCAUUGAUGGGUAUGAGGAUGUUCCAAAUAACGAGAAUGCUUUAAAAAAGGCCGUCGCACAUCAGCCUGUGAGUAUCGCCAUUGAAGCUGGUGGUAGAGCUUUCCAACUCUAUGAAUCAGGAGUUUUUAAUGGUGAAUGCGGGUUAGCUUUAGACCACGGCGUGGUUGCGGUCGGAUAUGGCACCGAUGAUAACAGUCAAGACUACUGGAUUGUGAAGAAUUCAUGGGGCAGCAAUUGGGGUGAAAAUGGAUAUAUAAGAAUGGAGCGUAACAUCAAUGCUAAUACCGGAAAGUCUGGUAUUGCAAUGGAGGCUUCCUAUCCUGUUAAGAAUGGGGCAAAUAUCAUCCAACCUUACUAUAAUGAAAGCACUGAGAAUAUCAGCAGUGCUUGAAUUCAUUGCUACAGUUUGCAGUUCUUGAGUUAAAAAUGUCUCACCUGCUCUGUUUUAGGCCAUUGGAGAAGACAAUCAGCGACUCCCAGAUGCAAAUAAUGAUGCUGGGAUUUUAUCAUGGUUAUAUAUAUAUAUAUAUAUAUAUAUAUAUAUAUAUAUAUUUACAAUUCAUCAAAAACAACAACUGGGAAACUGGUAUUGUUGUGAUUUAUGAUUCAUGAAAUUUCAAUUCAUGUAUGUUAUCUUUAUUUGUCAAGUACUCUCUAGCAAUUAUAUUAACUAAGACAAAUUCAACUUCAGAACUAA